CGCCACCGCUGUUACACACAUCCGGGUGCUCCUCCAAAUGCGCAGGCUCCGUUUCACAGUUGCGUUUCCGUGUUAGCAGGGGGAAAUCAGGGGAUCUCAGCUGACCCCACCGGAGCUGCGCGGAUGUAGGAGUUGCACCGCAUUAUAGCGGCACCGGGAAAUAACAAAAUAACAUAAAGGAUCGCCUUCAGAUGUCCCCAAUGCGUGUGUAAGCUUGGAAAGAGAUGACCGUCUGUUUUGGUGCGGAGAUCGCAGCGACAACACACUCGUAACAUGUGAGAUUGUACGGAAUAAGCGCGUGCACGUCUGUUUCCCUUCGCCUCCGUUUGUUGGUGGUUCGCGUUUUGCGGUUCAUCGCCGGUUAUAUUUUGGGGGAAAAUGAAGAAGUUUAACUUAAGGAAAGUGUUGGACGGCCUUACGUCCGCCUCCUCGUCUUCCCCCGCAUCUCCUCAGCCUGGGAACAGGGAGAAUGAUACGAUCCAGGAGACUCUCCAGUGCGAACAUUUCCAGCUCUGCAAGACGGUUCGACAUGGCUUCCCCUACCAGCCCUCCUCCAUGGCCUUUGACCCCGUGCAGAAGAUCCUGGCCGUGGGGACCCAGGCCGGAGCUCUGCGGAUAUUCGGCCGCAUGGGGGUGGAGUGUUACUGCCAGCACGAGAGUGGAGCAGCGGUCAUCCAGGUCCAGUUUCUCAUCAACGAGGGGGCGCUAGUGAGCGCCCUGUCAGACGACACCCUUCACCUGUGGAACCUGAGGCAGAAGCGGCCUGCCAUUCUGCAUUCCCUCAAAUUCAGCAGGGAGAGGAUAACCUUCUGCCACCUGCCCUUCCAGAGUAAGUGGCUGUAUGUGGGGUCUGAGCGGGGAAACAUUCACAUUGUGAACGUGGAGUCCUUCUCCCUCUCCGGCUACGUCAUCAUGUGGAACAAAGCCAUCGAGCUAUCCUCCAAGGCGCACCCAGGACCCAUCGUCCACAUCAGCGAUAACCCAAUGGACGAAGGAAAGCUCUUGAUUGGAUUCGAGUCGGGGACAGUGGUGCUGUGGGACUUGAAGUCAAAGAAGGCAGACUACCGUUACAGCUACGAUGAGGCGAUCCACUCGAUGGCCUGGCACCACGAGGGGAAGCAGUUUAUCUGCAGCCAUUCAGACGGAACCCUCACCCUGUGGAAUGUCAGGUCCCCCACCAGGCCAGCGCAGAUAAUCACGCCGCACGGAAAACAACCCAAGGAUGGGAAGAAACCAGAACCCUGCAAACCCAUCCUGAAAGCUGAAUACAAAACCACCAGAUCCGGGGAUCCCUUCAUGAUCCUGUCGGGGGGGCUGUCGUAUGACACGGUGGGGAGAAGGGCGUGUCUGACGGUGAUGCACGGGAAAAGCACGGCGGUGCUGGAGAUGGACUACCCCAUCGUGGACUUCCUCACGCUGUGCGAAACGCCGUACCCGAGCGAUUAUCAGGAACCUUACGGAGUAGUGGUCCUGCUGGAAAAGGAUUUAGUGGUUAUCGACCUUGGACAAAUUGGAUACCCGCUGUUUGAGAGCCCGUAUCCCUUGACAAUACACGAGUCCCCGGUGACGUGCUGUGAGUACCUGGCUGACUGUCCCGUGGAUCUCAUACCUGCACUUUACUCUGUGGGCUCCAAGCAGAAGCGCCAGGCCUACAGCAAGAAGGAAUGGCCUAUAAGUGGAGGCAACUGCGGCCAGGGUGCACAGAGCUAUCAGGAGAUAAUCAUUACUGGCCAUGCUGACGGGUCGGUGAAGUUCUGGGACGCCUCUGCGAUGAUGCUCCAAGUGCUGUACAAGCUGAAGACAGCCAAGGUGUUUGAGAAGUACCGCAGCAAAGAGGGCGCCCUGGACGAGGACCCCUUCGCCAUCCAGAUGCUGUCCUGGUGUCCUGAGAGCCGCGUGCUGUGUGUGGCCGGAGUCUCCGCCCACGUCAUCCUCUACAGGUUCAGCAAACAGGAAGUGACCACCGAGGUGGUGCAGCUGCUGGAGGUGAGGCUGCAGUAUGAGCUGAUUGAUGUGGAGUCUCCAGAGACGGGCGGAGACCCGGGGCCUCCCCCCUCCACCCCGGGGGGGCCGUCCAGCCCCCCGCCCAGCACCCCACAGCCCCACCCCUCCACCGGCAGCGGCUCCCCGGACGGACCCCAGGACAGCGCCCCCUGCCUCCGGGUUCGAAGCUCUCCGCUGAAGCAGUCACCGGGGUACCAGGUGGAGCUGGUCAUUCAGCUGGUCUGGGUCAGCGGGGAACCACCUCAACCAAUCACCAGCCUGGCUGUCAACUCGUCCUACGGGCUUGUGGUGUUUGGCAAUACCAACGGCCUAGCAGUCGUUGACUACUUACAGAAGACCGUCCUGCUAAAUGUGGGGUCGCACGAGCUGCAUGGAUCCAGCGAGCCCUACCAGAAACAGCCACGGUCGCCUCGCAAAACUCGACAGCCAUCCGGAGACAUUGCGUCCACGACGUCUUGCAUGUGUGGCCUUUCUAGUUUAUACACUGAGUCUGUGAAAAAGCUGCGAGCCUCGUACAUCAGUCUCUGUGACAUAAAUGAGGGAUCUGCCCCCCCGGAGGACCGAUGCAAAUCCCCAACAUCAGUGAGGUCCAAAAACAGCAGGUUUUCCAAGAUGGUAGUCAAUGACCUAGCGAAGGUGUCGCGGAAGUUAAGCUUGCCUAGUGACCUAAAGCCAGAGAUGGACGGGAAGGAGAACUCGUUCAGUCACUCGGGCAGUUCCAGUGCAACCAGCAUCGACCGGGAGUCCCGGGAGGCCAUCACCGCACUGUGCUUCAGCGAGACGUUCGCCCGUAAGGGGGACAGUGCCACCACGCCCUGCCUGUGGGUGGGGACGUCACAGGGCGCCGUGCUGGUGAUCUCCCUCAGCCUGCCCCCUGCUGGCGAGCAGAGGCUCCUGCAGCCGGUCACUGCCACGCCCUGUGGGUCGCUGGUGAGGCUGAAGGGGAGUAUCCUGAGGAUGGGCCUCCUGGACGGGACAGGGGCGCUCCUGCCCCCGGCCUGCGAGCUCUGGUGGGAUCACAACACCCCUGACGGGGCAGAGGAGAGGGAGGGGCAGCCGAGGAGACGUCCCGCGGCGGGGACGUCCCCGUCUUCUCAGGAGGCGGGCGAGAGCCACUUUGCGGUGGUGUGCUCGGAGAAGCAGGCCGAGGUGCUGGCCCUGCCCUCGCUCUCCUCCCCCUUCAAACAAGGCGUGACCGAGGCCUCUUUCGCCCUGCGCGCCGACACCCUGCAGCUCAACGGCGCCCCUUGCCUGGCCUGCUUCUGCGCCAACGGCCACAUCAUGGCACUGAGUCUGCCCCGUCUGAGGCCACUGCUGGAUGUGAAUUACCUGCCUCUGACCGACAUGCGGAUUGCCAGAACCUUCUGCUUCUCCAACAACGGCCAGGCCCUGUACAUGACCUCCCCCACGGAGAUCCAGCGAAUCACCUACAGCCAGGAGACCUGCGACAACCUGCAGGAGAUGCUGUCAGAGCUGUUCACACCAGUGGAAACGCCAGAGGCCCCCAACAGGGGCUUUUUUAAGGGCCUCUUUGGGGGAGGGGCGCAGACCAUGGACAGGGAGGACCUCUUCGGUGAAGCGGUGGCGGGGAAGGCCUCUCAGAGCCUCGCCCAGCACAUCCCGGGACCGGGCACCGUUGAGGGCAUGAAGGGGGCGGCGUCGGGCGUGGUGGGCGACCUGGCCCGCGCCCGGAUCGCCUUGGACGAGAGGGGGCAGAAGCUGGGCGAGCUGGAGGAGAGGACGGCAGCCAUGAUGGCCAGCGCCGAGUCCUUCUCCAAACACGCCCACGACAUAAUGCUGAAACACAGGGACAAGAAGUGGUACCAGUUCUGACCCGCCCCGGGCGCAGAAGGUGUCCGCAGCGUUUUCGGGGAGACGCCACGCCCCUCCAUCUUGCUGCCCUGUCUCUGUGGCACUGAAAGGACGCUUCAGCACACCACUUCCUGCCGGCGUGGUGUCACACUCUGCAUCUGACUCUGACUGGGGGGAGGAUCGAACCAACACAGGAAUAUACGGGGGGGGGAUUAAACCAGGGGAAAGGGGGAGAAGAUCAGCCU